AUGUCAUUCGAUCUGAAAGAAAAAGGCAAUCUUCUGUUCAAGGAGGGUGACUACAAUGGCGCGGAGGAGUUCUAUUCCCAAGCGAUCCAGAAAAACCCUCGCGAGGCGACUUUCUUCACAAAUCGCGCCCUCACCCGGAUAAGGCUUGAGAGAUGGGCCGGCGUUGAGCACGAUGCGCGCGCCGCUAUCGGGUUGUACGGGGCCAAGUCGCCGAAUAGCCUGAAGAGCUGGUGGUAUCUCUCCCAGGCGCUCUUGGGCCUUCAGCAGCCGCAGGAGGCGUAUGAGGUUGCCAUUGAUGCAUACCGUGCCAGUCUGGCGGCCAGGAACGCACAAACGGAGAACUUGUCCAAGGCUGUCCUGCGCGCGAAGCAGCAGAUCUGGGCUGCGAAGGAGACGUCACGACUGCGCGAAAUGAACCAAACCCUGGCGACUAUGGAGGAGCUAGUUGAAGCGGAUCUGAAGCGUUCGCUGGACAAACUCCAGGGGCAGUUGGAUAGGGGUGAGAUCGGAGAGACGGGUUUCGGGGAAGACCAAAGGGCGCUGCGGGAGGAUGCCCAGAAGAAUAUCCAUAAUGUGCGCGAGGCAUUCCGCAUUGCCUCUAAUGGAGAGGUUCAAGAACGGGUUGUCCCUGACUAUCUUGUCGACGGCAUCACCUUCGAGAUCAUGCACGAUCCAGUUAUCAUACCUUCGGGUACCAGCUUCGACCGUAUAGGUGUACUCAAGUACGUCGAACAAUCUGGUGUGGACCCAAUCACACGGACACCGAUGACUGUUCACGAUCUACGACCGAACUAUGCCUUGAAAGCGGCUUGUGAAGACUUUUUGACCAAGAACGGCUGGGCGGUUGAUUGGUAG